AGUAGGUCACAAUUUCUUAGCGAAGAUCAAUCAACUGAUGAAUGUGUUAUCAUGCUGCGAAAUACAAGAAUGAAAAGAGAAAUUCAACUUCUAACCCAGUCUCCUCCACCCGGGGUGUCUUGUUGGGCCAAAACUGACAAGUUGGAUUUCUUAGAAGCACAGAUUUUGGGUGCCGAAGACACUCCAUACCAUAAUGGUUUGUUUAAAUUGGAGAUUCAGAUACCAGAAAGGUACCCCUUUGAGCCCCCUAAGGUAUCCUUCAUUACCCCAAUUUAUCACCCGAACAUAGACAGUGCUGGCAGAAUCUGUCUGGACAUUCUCAAGCUCCCACCAAAGGGAGCCUGGCGACCAUCACUAAACAUCAGCACAGUAUUGACCUCCCUGCAGCUUUUAAUGGCUGAACCUAACCCAGAAGACCCUCUCAUGACCGAAAUUUCAGAUGAAUUCAAGUACAACAAAGCUCUGUUCCUGCAACAUGCCAAAGAGUGGACUCUGAAGCAUGCCAAAGAUAAGCCAAUUCAGGGGAAAGAGAAUCCAUCUCAAGGCAGCAAAGUGAUGGGUGCCAAUCAGGAGAGAAAACGGCCUUGUGCUCCCCAGGAUGUCAGCAAUAAGCAGCCCAAGUUGACCUUAACAUCAGACAGGUGAUGCAAUCAAAAUCCAGACCACAAGUGAAGUGUUACAGGAACAGAUUACAAAACAUUACGCCAGAAGUACUGAUCAAAUCACAAGAAAUUAAGCUGUAAACCACUGUCUUGAUGAAUGAAGGGUUGUGCAAUUUUAGUUGAUUCAAGAAAUCAUGUUCUUUUUUUGUCUCUGAUUGAGGAUGCAUGCUACAUGCUUACUCGCUGACAGGAAAGAGCUAUGUCCAUGUUCACUAGAACAAAUCCUGAUUCCAGUUGAUUCAAACAGUGAAAUGUGAUUUAAAUUGUAACAGUGAAACAAUUUACUGGUAAGCACAAUUUGCAUCUCCUAGAUAAUCAUUAUAUAAUAAUCAUAAUAAAGUUUUAAUAUUGGCUGCAGUCAAAAUUUUAUUGUGUGUUAAUUGGAAUCCAUUUUGGGAAACAUUUAAGCUUAUGUUAGAUUUGAUUCAGUUUAAUGUA